AUGGCCGUACUCGAAAAGUUUCGCGAGGCCUUUGGCCGUAACCCUUCUAUUACCGAGGACUCCGGCAACAAUGUUGCCAUGAACACUGUCGAGGAAACUAAGCGGGAUCCCAUUGCUGAUGAGGCAGUCCGUGGUCCUGAAGAGUCUGAGGAAUCUGUUUCCGAGGAUGCCUCUUCAACGCACCUCCAGACUGGUGUUCACGACGUCGAGGCCAUCACCAAGUCCUGGACCAAAUGGUCACUGAUCGCCGUUUUUGCCAACAUCUGGCUCCUAUACUUUGUAAAUGCUUUUCAGUCCUCUAUUCUUUACAAUCUGCUCCCCUAUGUCACCAGUUCUUGGGAGUCCCACUCCCUCCUGAACGUCAUCUAUGUGGUUGCCGACUGCAUGUCGGCCGCCGUGUAUAUCCCUCUGGCCAAAAUCAUGGACGUGACUGGCCGUGCUGAAGGUUUCCUGACCAUGGCUGUCUUUGCUACACUGGGACUGAUUUUGAUGGCCACCUGCCACAACCUUCCCACCUUCUGUGCUGCCUAUGUAUUCUACACCAUUGGCUUCGGAGGCAUGACCUACUGCGUGGAUGUCAUCACUGCUGAUGCCUCCAAGCUGAAGAACCGGGGUCUAGCCUACGCAUUUACCUCCUCGCCUUACAUCAUUACGGCCUUUGCUGGUCCUAAGGCUUCGGAUGACUUCCACCUUAGCUGGCGCUGGGGCUUUGGCAUGUUCGCCAUCAUUUUUCCCGUCGUCGCUGCCCCUUUGUACUUCAUCCUGAAGCAUAACCUGAAGCGCGCGCAGCAGCAGGGGUUGGUCGUCCCCAACCGCGACACCCGCACCUGGUACCAGCUAGUCUGGUUUUACUUCAUCGAGUUUGAUAUUGUCGGUGUUCUCCUUUUCUCCAUCGGUCUCUGUGUCUUCUUCCUUCCCUUCGAUAUCUCCUCUUACGCCCCCGACGGCUGGGCCUCGGGCUACAUUAUCGCAAUGAUCGUCGUCGGUGUCGUGAUGCUAGUUAUCUUCUGCCUGUAUGAAUGGUUCAUCGCGCCCGUGCCGCUUUUCAAGUUCGGCUUCCUCUUCAACCGUACCGUUAUCGGCGCCUGUCUCCUCGACGCCACCUACCAGCUCUCAUACUACUGCUGGGACAACUACUUCACCUCUUUCCUGCAAGUUGUCAACGACUUGACCGUUGCCGAAGCAGGGUACGUCAGUGACACCUUCGAUGUCGUCUCCGGUGUGCUGCUCCUUUUCGUCGGUUGGUUGAUCAGCAAGACCGGCCGCUUCAAGUGGCUCCUCUACAUCUCGGUGCCUUUGUACAUCUUCGCUCAGGGUCUGAUGAUCUACUUCCGUCGCCCUAACCAAUCCGUCGGCUACCUCGUCAUGUGCCAGAUCUUCAUUUCCAUCGGUGGUAGUAUCUUCAUCAUUAUCGAGCAGCUCGCUAUUUUGGCCGCCGUCGACCACCAGCACGUCGCUGCUGCCCUGGCCCUCCUCAACGUUGUUGGUACAAUCGGUGACGCUAUCGGUGCCACCAUCUCCGGCGCUAUCUGGGAUAACACCUUCGAGAAGGCGCUCAUUCGCUAUCUGCCUGAAUCAGCCAUGUCCAACCUCGAGAACAUCUACGAGGACCUUGAUACUCAGCUGAGUUACCCGACUGGUAGUGUUACCCGCAUUGCCAUCCAGCAUGCCUAUGGAUAUGCGCAGACGCGCAUGUUGGCUGUUGGAACGGGACUCAUGGCUCUCUCGUUCAUCUGGAUCGUUAUGAUCAAGAACAUUAAUGUUGCCAAGGUCAAGCAGGUCUCGGGUAUGGUUUUCUAG